UUUCACAAAAUCAGUAUUCAAAACUUGUCCAUAAAUUGGAAUUUUUCGACGGAUAAAGAAGUACCAGCUGGAAUCAAAAGAUCUUAACGAUGAUCUCACUGGCUUCCUUGAUUGCCACCGCCUCGGCUACUAGCACCAUGAUUGCCUUGUGCUCCAGCAAGGAUCGACAAGCGGACCGUAAAAAGUCUAAGAAGGGAUCAGCAUCCAAGUCAUCACGUGCUUCUUCCAAGUCUCGUAGAUCCUCGAAAUCCAACAAGGGACCUGGAAUGUUCGGAAAGUCUGGAAAGUCUGGGAAGCCAAGCCAUGGAAAGUCAUCAAAAUCCAAGAAGUCUUCCAAAUCAGAAAAGAAGAAGCUGAGACGUGAGAGCAAGGACAAGUCGUCAAAAUCGAAGAGAUCCAAGAGAUCCUCAAAAUCUAAAAAGUGUGACAAGUCCUCCAAGAAGUGCGAUUUGAACAAGGCUAAGAACCUCUGCCCACCGAUCAACUCGACAGAUGUUUCCGACGUGUCCAUCAAAUCGAAUUCCGGUGAGAAAUCCGAGAAGUCGAAAGCUCUGAAGUUGGUUCCCAAUCAGCCAAAGUACACAUUCCCGGAAGGACAGGGUGCUGCUUCAGUGAAGUCGUCGACUCUUCGAGCUUCGCCCAACAAGCUUCCAUUCGCAGCGACGGGAGGUGUUCAGACAGUCAGCAUUGCCAACAACACCAAGUCGAGAAAGGCAUUCAAGGUCAAAACUUCCGACAACCUUCUCUACCGCGUCAACCCAGUGUUCGGAUUCGUUGAGCCCGGUGACAAGCUUUCGAUCGAUGUGCUCCGUCAUAAUGGAGUCGAGAAGACUGAUCACUUGAUUGUCCUCACAUCCAAUGCUUCUACUGAGCAGAAUUGUGCCAAGGGAGUCUUUGAGAGUGAUCCACCACGCGAGCUCACCGUCAUUCCAUUGGUUGCCAACUAGACUAUGCCCAGCCCUCCAUCAUCAGCCUGUCUAAAGAAAAAGUGUCUCGAAAAUGAAUUUUUUUUUGAUUGUGUGUGAAAAUAUGAUGAAUUUUGAUUUGAAUAAAGAUUUUGAUGGAGGU